CCAGACAGUCAGUCAAUCCCAACACUCUCUCACAGAGACACUCUGUCAAACCCCAUUAACUUCCAACACCGACCAACCAUGGCUUCUCUUCAACCGUCGUGGCUCUCUGCUCUCAACUCCAUCAACACCAUCUCUCCCUCGAAACCCACUGUCUUCCCCUCCACAAUCCUCAACAAGACCCACUCAUUAAAGCCACUGAAGCUCUCCUCCUCUGUGAACCCAUCCAAUGCUGAAUCUUCAGAACCCAUUUCACCAAGCUCGCCAGAAACUACUCCGGAACCUGUGACGGGUGCUAUUGACCCUGUGAAGCUCGCGUUUGAAAAAGCUAAGGCGUAUAAGAAGGAGGCAAAAUCGAAACAGGUUUCGAAAAUUGAGCAGAACCCAGUUGAGGAUUCUGGGACUAAGGAAGUGCCGGUUUCAGUCAAGGUUGCGAUGGAGAGGGCCAAAGAGUACAGAAAGAAUAAAGGUGUUGUGGGUGGUGGCAAGAAUGGUGGAGAGAUUGACACAGUUUCAGGAUUGGAGAGAGGCAAUGGGGGAAACCUUGGAAAUGAGGUUGUGGAGAAAACGGUUAGUAAGAAGGGGGAACUCUCAAUUUCAGGCAUUGAUUUUAUGGGGCUUGACUUUGCGGAUAAGAAGAGGAGCAGGGGACUGCCACCUGGGCUGGUUCCUGUUUCAGACUCUUUCUCAGGCGGGGACUUGCCUGAGGUGGAGUUCAUUGUUGGGGAUACCAGCUAUUUCGAAGGCACGACAGCAUUGGAGCCCACUCUGCCUCAGGAAUAUGAUUCAGAAAUUUACAAGCCGAAGGUUUCUUCAUGGGGAGUCUUUCCUAGACCUGGAAAUAUUUCAAAAACGUUUGGUGGUGGGAAAGUUAUACGCCCUGGGCAGGUGCUUGAAACAGCAGAAGAGAGAGCUGCUAAAGAAGCACGAACAAGAGAGUUACUUGCAGCAUACAAGAGUAAAAUUGGCUUAAAGAUUGAUCCAAAGUUAAAAUCUGAAUGUGAGGAGGCAUUAAAGGAUGGAGACUCAUUAAUGAAUCUUGGAAAGCUUCGGGAAGCAUUACCCUAUUACGAAAAGGUCAUGGAUAACUUAACAUUCCAGAGUGAGCUUCAUGGGUUAGCUGCUUUGCAAUGGUCAAUUUGUCAAGACUCCCUUAGUAGGGCAAAUGAGGCUCGAUUGAUGUAUGAGAAGCUGCAGUCUCAUCCAAAUCCUCAAGUGAGCAAGAAAGCAAGACAAUUCCUGUUCAGCUUUCAGGCCAUGGAGAUGAUGAAGUUUACAACAAGCACUCCUUUUUCUCCAAAUAACACAGUUCUAAGUUCCUACCUCCUCCAUUCUCCCUCUCUGAUUUUCGUCUCCAGCCCCAGCCUCCACACCAGCGCCGCUCCAUCCUCAUGUCCCGGUGUCCCGGAGCAGCCAUCGUGCAUCCGUCGUCGUGCUCUCUCUCUCUCUCUCUCUCUCUCUCUCUCUCUGUCUCUCUGGGAGUUGUCGUCGUGAAGCUUCUGCAGUAAUUUCCUGAAGGGUAUUUUCAACAUUUUUUGUCAUCAUUAUCUCUCUAUUUCUCAGAGUUCCGGCUCCCACCGAUCGUUGUGUCUCAGACUCUCUGUGAUUCAGUCUACACCCGUCGG